GUCGAAUUCUUGAUACCACCCGGAACAGUAGUACGCUAGGGUCGCAACUGCAACUGCCCUCCGUCCAUACAUAGUUCCUGUUGCAGGCAUUAUUUCUGGUGCAAGUUUUGCUUUCGCGUUCCGAAUCACGGUGUUCGGUGAAAGGAACCCGCGAAAAAGCGUUCUCGUCUUUGACCAAAUAAAAAGCUAGUGUUACAAGUUAUCAUCGGAAUUUUUAAAAAUGAUUCUAAACACAAAGUUAUAAGUGUAUCAAAGAAAAAUUUGAAUCAAAAUGAGUGAUAUGACAGUACCGCCGUAACGACCUAGGUGUUACCCUAACAUUUCUACGACGACCCACCAGAGCAGUGCUUUCGGUGACCUCAGCUGGUCUUGUGAUGCGAAUACUGUUUCAUAACGAGAACUAUGCUAACUAUGAAGACUCCGGUGUUGCCACCAGUGCCGACGCUCAUUCGUUGGUGUUUGACGAACCCAACACGCCACCCUCGAGUGCCGAAGGAAAAUGUACCUCAGCGUCCGGUCCGAUCGCACUGGCCGCAGCUGCCGUUAUUGGAACAGUAGCUGCGGCCGGAAAUGGAACCAGCGCAACGGUGGUGGCUGGACCGGCACACCCGUCGACUGCCGGUGCUGCCGUACCAGCUGUCAUCGGUGGACAGCAACGUGCAUCGAGCCGGAUGUCAAACACCAGCACCAGUACGAUCAAACAGCACUACUAUCCGGAGGGCGGCUGGGGUUGGAUUAUCACCGUCGUCGGCAUUAUGGUACAUAUUCUGACCCAUGGGCUGCAUACCUCCGUGGGGAUACUGAUUGUCGAGGCACGCAUCAGAUAUCGGAUCGAAUGUUUCAUCGACACAGGUUGGCUUGGCGCUCUUUCGACGGCGGUGGCACUUUUCAUCUCACCCCUGACGAUUGCAGUGUGCAAACGGAAGUCCACCCGGCUGACGGCGGUCAUUGGCGGGCUCGUAACGGCACUGGGCUGUCUUUUCACCUCGUUUGCCUCGCAGUUUCAUCAGUUGUUUUUUAGUUACGGAGUCGUUGUCGGUGUUGGUGUGGGAAUGACCCGAGACUGUUCGACGCUGAUGGUGGCACAGUACUUCAAACGGAGGCGCGAGUUUGUCGAAAUAUUUAUUGUGUCCGGAAGUGGUCUCGGCAUAGCGAUCAUGUCCACGUUUAUCAAGUGUGCGAUCGACGCAAUCGGAUGGCGGCUAGGUUUGCAAGCUGUCACCGGAACGGUGUUUAUAACGUUCAUUCUUGGAACCUGCUACCGAAGUGCAUCCCUGUACCACCCGCAGCGAAGGGCAAUACUGCACCUUAAAAAUCAGAAACGAAAAAUCAAGGACAAAAAUAAGCACGACGAUCGUCCACCGUUUUUCGAUUUCAGCACACUGCGAAGUAAAACCGUACAGAUACUUCUAGCUUCCACGGGAAUUAGCGCCUUCGGAAUCAACACUCCAAUUUUCUACCUCGCACACCAAGUUGAAAUGGACGGAAUAGGUGACAAAGUGAUGAUCCUUCAGGUCUAUCUGGGACUAGCAUGGUCGUUGGGAUGUGCAGCCUUUGGAAUGUUAGUCGUUCGCAACAGUGUCGAAUGUCGGAUAGCACGACAGUACCUUUGCCAAACGGCAACCCUGAUGUGCGGGUUGUGUAUUCUUGCGUUAACUGCUGUACACGGAAAUUACCAUGGAUACGUGAUGUUCGUUUGGAUAUAUGGUAUCUUCUGCGGAGGCUAUCAUUAUUCCCUUAAGAUGUAUACUUACGAAAAGGUUCGAGCGAGAAACUUUGCGCGGGCGUGGGGUUUCGUGCAGUUUUCCCAGGCGAUCCCAAUUGCGCUGGGUGUGCCGAUUUCAGGUUACUUGAAUGAGGCAGGAUCAGGCAAUACCGGCUACUACUUCAGCUCGGCCUGUGCCGUGAUUGGCAGUCUUGUGAUGUUCCUGAUCGAUCUGCAUCGACGAAAUGUAUCGCGGCAUAAGCACACUAGAGCCAACGGAACUCGCCACCUGUGCGUCUCGGAAACAUGCCCCCAGCGCAGAAAGCUGUCCUUCUCCCAAGAACCGGACAAUGAACCGGGAAUCAUCACCGGCAACACCGCUAUGAUGAUUGGUCCGGAAUUGUUGAUACCACAGCUGAGCGAUGGAGCUGCUGAACCGAUAAAUGGGUUAGACAAGCCAGAGCUGACCUGUAUAUCCGAGGAGGGCAUUGCCGAUAUGGAUCUUCCCGACAAUUUACUCGAUGAUCUUGACUACGUCGGUGACUGCAUCACAUCAUGUAACAAAGUCGAGAACUACCUAAUGCUGAGUGAAUUCGAAAACAAUCUAAGUGCCGAAGUUCCUAUAUUGCUAGACAAACGAGGCCGUCGGCUCUCACUGUCCAAAACCAAAGCUUUGCUCGCAAACCAGCUUAACAUUCAACACUACCCGGAUUGUGCGCUGGAACAGCUGAAUAAAUCCAGUCAACCCCCACCGAUUUCACCGAUUAUGGAACACGAGGUUCCACCUCCGGACAAAGAACAUCACAAUGACCGGAGUAAUCAUCAUGGUCACCAUCACGGCAACCAUCAUCAUCAUCAUCACCAUCACAACCAUCAGCAUGCAACUGACGGAUGUGGCGGAACGGAUGGUAACGAGAAAGUAGCGGCCAAAACGGAGAAUCUCAGCAACAGUGGCAAACCUUGUCGAUUGAAUAACAAAUGGCGCCCAACACAGCAAGCCGGAACUUUUCUCCACAACCGUGUAAUAUCUGUGAUCGAUGAAGCCUCCGUGUAGGGGUCAGUCCGGUAUUAGGUAAACUAAUUCGAUUGCUUUCCAGAAUCGAAUGAACAAUACCGAAAUGCUGUUUGGUUUUUGUUCUCCGAAUGGCAUUAAUAUUUUUGAAAAAAUAGUUUUUCUUUUUUUCUGGGACUGAAUAGGUUUAAAUCGUACCUGAUGUGAAUGAAUAUAAGAAAUGCGUUUUCUAAAACAUGUGAAAAAGUAAUCGAAGGGCGCCUAAAAUCUACUGAACGUAUGGAACGAAUAUAUAUACUUUAGAAACCGAUAGCAAAAUCUUAAUCACAACUCAUCUAUUUCACAAGGAACUCGGCACAGAAAUUUUACAUUUAAUCGUAAGAAUCGGUUCAAAAAGUGGUGGUUUCAGCUACGUCCUGCACCAGUAUCAAAUGAAAACGACCACUGCCCAUCUGAUAGUGUCAAAAAGUGCGAUGCAAUAGAAUAGAUAUGCAGCAGCUCUCAAGUCGUCUAUGCAAAAUACUUAUUGUAAAUAGAUAUUCUAUAUGUUACUGCAGCGUAAAAGCUGACCUUAAAUCGGUAGCGCUUUUUGCUAUUACACCUUGCUUGCGAAGCAUUUUGGUAGCGUUUUUGGAGUGCAACAAACUUAUUGUAUAUUACUGUACAUGUUAGCGAAUAAAUUGAUACAAGUAUCAUAGCAAAAAACAGCAAAACUAUUAAUUGGUACAACAACAGUAUAUAUUUAAAUUGUUCCAUAUGAUUAUGUACUCCUGAUAUAUUUAUACAUAUUUAUUGCUAUACGAUAUACAGCAGACUUGUAUAUUCCAUAACAGAAAGUCCGAACCAGUCAAAAUCUCAGUAAAAUCAAUAAAGUAGAACAAGUG